CAGAGAGGGGACAGUGGGAAAGUCAGCAGCGCCUGCGCCGGCGCAGUCCUGCCUCAGGGCAGAGGAUGCGCGCGCAGCGUCUUCCCUCCAGCGGAAGUUUCCGCGGGGCAACUGAGAAGGACUGUUAAGAUGGAGUUUGCAGCCCAGUGAAUCUGAGGGCCAGAACGUGACCCCAUAAAGCAUGAUAACCUUCUGUCCAGACUGUGGUAAACGUAUUGAAACAACAUUCAAAUUCUGCCCCUACUGUGGAAAACCUUUGUCUGCAGAGGAGCAUGAAGGGUCCCAGAUCUUUGUUAGACCUCUUGCAUCAUCCCUCCGAGGCUCAAAGAGAGAGAGGGACGCCAGUUCUGAAAUCUCUCCCAAGAAAGUGAAAUGGUCCAGCUCUGUCACCUCUCCCCCAUCAUCCAUCUUCUCAGAUGGUGACAGUUCUGGGUCUGAAGAUACCUUGAGUCCCUGCAAGAGACCCAAAGGGUCCUGGAGCAAACCCCCAACCCCCAAAAGCAGCCCGCAGACGGCCAGGCGAAGCCCUCAGACACUGAAGCGGAGCCGGGUGACCAUCUCGCUUGAGGCCCUGCCCACGGGGACGGUGCUGACGGACAAGAGUGGGCGGCACUGGAAGCUGAGGUCCCUCCAGACCAGGAACGACCAGGGCAUUCUCUAUGAAGCCGAGCCCGCCUCCACCUUCGCCUGCGAGUCCAGUCCCCAGAAACAAAGAUUCUCGCUGAAACUAGAUGCCAAGGAUGGGCGCUUGUUCAAUGAGCAGAACUUCUUCCAGCGGGCCGCCAAGUCUUUGCAAGUGAACAAGUGGAAGAGCCUGCACUCCAUUCCCCAGCUGGCCGUCCCCACCUGUGUCGGUUUUGGGAUUCACCAGGACAGGUACAGGUUCUUGGUGUUCCCCAUCCUGGGGAGGAGCCUCCAGUCGGCCCUGGAUGACAAGCCCAAGCACGUGAUGUCGGUGAGGUCUGUGUUCCAGAUGGCCUGCCGGCUGCUGGAUGCCCUGGAGUUCCUCCAUGAGAAUGAGUACGUUCAUGGAAAUGUGACAGCUGAGAAUAUCUUCAUAAAUCCAGAGGACCUGAGCCAGGUGACCCUGGCAGGCUACGGCUUCACCUUCCGCUAUUCCCCAGGCGGCAAACACGUGGCCUAUGUCGAAGGCAGCAGGAACCCACAUGAGGGGGACCUCGAGUUCAUUAGCAUGGACCUGCACAAGGGAUGUGGGCCCUCCCGCCGCAGCGACCUCCAGACCCUGGGCUACUGUUUGCUGAAGUGGCUCUAUGGGAUCCUGCCAUGGACAAACUGCCUUCCCAACACCGAGGAGAUCAUGAAGCUGAAACAGAAGUUCCUUGAGCACCCGGAGGGCCUUGUGGGAGAACGCAGUCGCUGGAUCUGUCCCUCGGAGACGCUGCAGGAGUACCUGAAGGUGGUGAUGGCCCUCAAGUACGACGAGAAGCCGCCCUACGCCCUGCUGAGGAACAAUCUCAAAGCCCUGCUGUGGGAUCUGCGGGCGUCGGCCUACGACCCCCUGGACCUCCAGAUGAUGCCGUAGUUUGAAAUAGAAAAAAAAAAAGAAGAAGAAAUG